GAUAUCGCGGGGCCAGCAGAGGCGCGGAGGUGUCAGAGCUGCUUCAACUGCCUUGAGUGUGCGAUGGCAGGUCUACAUGGCGAGAGUGGUGGCAGCGGCAGUGGGUACGAUGACAUUAGCGAAGACGAAGACGUCAACAGAUCGCUAGUGGCUAUGACGAGGAGUCGUCCGACUCUCCGGAAACGCCAGGCUGGCCAGGCAGCCCACAUCCACCAGCAGCCCGGCGCGUCGGCACGGCGAAUUGGUGCUCCUGUGGCAGCGUCUGCAGACCAAUGCAGACAGUCGAGGAGUCGGUGUGCUGCAGGGAGUUGCACAAUGUGGAGGCACCGCUACACUGCCUACCGGCAAUUCACUUGGUGGGUUCACCAUAAGCUGGGGCGCGGUAACCGGGUGCCACUGCCCAGCUGCGCCGUGCAACGAAUUCGACUAGAGUUCCCAUCCACCGACGAAAGUUAUGUCGGUUUCAAGAAAUAA